UACGCUCUGGUUUUCAUUUCGAAUGCGUGGGAUCUCGGCUCUUUAUCGACUCAACUCGACUAAGCCCGGAUCAAAAUAAUCUACUAUUGCCAUAUUUUGGGCUAUCAUUCCAUAAUUACGCCUUAUUAUUGCUGUUUGCGAUCAGUCUGCUCGGGAAUAUAGCCUUAGGAUGUGGCCGCUACUUCUUCUGCUGGCCUUAAUUGCGCCGUCGUGGCAGGAAAAUGCCACAGUGAUCAACAGUAGUUAUGUGACCAAGGCGGGAUGUGAGGCUCUAGUCAAAGAGCCAAAUCUCUGCGAGUGCCAGGAUCAGGAGAUCAAGUGCGAAAACCUCCAGUUGCACAGCGAUAAUCUGCAGCUAUACGGCAUCGGUUGCAGCAUCUUCGAUGCCAGAGGUUUUGGCUAUAUUCCACCUCUUCAAGUGGGUAAUAUUGGAUCCCUGAUCGUCCAGAACUGCGCCAUACCGAAUGCCCAGAGUAUUAAAUACCUACUCAGUAAAUUAGGCGUAAACAACUAUACCGAACUGGAGAUCUUCAACUAUUUCGAUCCGAAGAAAACCGAUAGAGGAGAAGUUCUGCAGCAGCACUACACAGAUCACGUGGACCUUAAAAAAGUGUCCAUCAUUGGCUUCAAGUCCGCAUUGCCCGAGAAUUUCUUUGAAAACAUUCCAGCUCUUAAACAACUCUCCUUAAAGGGAAGUAGUGACCUGCCCGGAGCUAUUCUUCAUCCGCUGAAAAAUCUUACUCAUCUAGAAAUUGUGGUCAAGAAUUUGGGCAAGGUAUCCGGCGAUAUAUUUGCCAAGCAAUCAAAACUGAAGCAUCUGAUGAUCGAUUGUGAUGCCAAGAAUAGCAGUGUAGAAAUGUCCGCAUUUGGACCUCAAGAACUGUGGCACAUGACCGACCUUCAGUCGAUCGAGCUCUUCAAUUGCGGCGAUAAUGUGCCGACUGAAUUGUUCUGGAUGUCGGAGCAGUUGGCCUACAUAGGAAUAAGGAGCAACAUUAGCUAUUUGAGUAAGGACUUCCUUAAGGUGCAAAAGAAACUGCUAACUUUGCGAUUGGAGAGGAACAAUAUAGCCAGGUUGCCCGACCAGCUCUUCCGCAAUACCCCUUUGAUUUUGGAAAUACAUUUGGCCUUCAACAAUUUGGAUCGCAUUCAGAGCGGACUUUUUGACAAGUUAAGGAACCUACAAGUGCUGAAUUUGGAGCACAAUCCGAUAACAACCAUUGCCCUAAAUGCCUUUACUCCCAUACCAACUGCCCAUAUCUACGUGGGCAAACUCUUUAAGGCGGCGAAAAAUAAUGCCGACUGGGCUCGGUCCACAAAUGCCACAAUCUGUGAGGAGGAGUAUAUCUACGGGGUGUGCAUCUACUGCAAACGAGAUGAGUAUCUGGACCAUUUUGCCGACUCGGAGAACUGCAACAAGCCGAAUCCAAAGGCCAAAGAUGUGCUGGCCAAGAAGGCCUACGAAAACCAGCUGAAGGCAAUGCCCACUCACUCGUGGAAAAAGGCCAAGGAAUAUCCCGAGAAGGAAGAGCAGCCUUAAGUUCCAAACGCUUCACUGGGAUUUUACGCAUCAGUACUAACUAGUAUUUGGAUUUAUGAAUUGCUUAUGUAUACAACCAUAAUGAGAUUAAAAUAAACUGAAAUUAGAGUAAGCUGAAA